AAGAUACAAGAAUUGGGAGCACUGUUGAUGUGUGUUUGUUGUGUUUGUGUAUCUCAUGUGAUGUCUGGAAUAAUUCAAUACGUCAUUGUACGUGGCGAUCUUUUAAAAAGUAUGCAAUGGCCAGUUGGUGCUGUUAUUGCUCAGACAUGCCAUGCAAGUGCCGCAGCUAUACAUCUUUUUUACAACGACGAAUACACGCAAAAAUAUUUAUCAGACUUGAAUAACAUGCACAAGGUAGUAUUGGAGGUUCCAGAUGAGGAUAGCUUGACUGACAUACAUAAAAAACUGGAGGAGAACAGCAUCGACCAUAAGCUGUGGGUUGAACAGCCCGAAAAUAUACCCACCUGUCUAGUAACAAAACCUUAUCCGAAGGAACAAAUUCAGAAGCAUGUCAAAAAAUUAAAACUUUUUAAAUAGGAACAAUAAAUUAUUGAGAGAUUCAAACAUGAUGAGAGCACCUAAUUUGUAUAUUUCACACUUAUAUUUAAUAUAAAAACAUCAAUAUUAA